UUUUGUGGAGCUGUGAUGGGAUGUUCCAGCACAGUCCGGACUGUCGCUUUAAGACAACGGCAGCUUUGUCUGAUUAAUUCAAUGUACGGCGACGCGUUAGUGGAGAAACCUGAUCAGACUUCAUCCACACAGGAGGAGAGCUGCGCGCUGCAGGAGGAUCACAUCCAGCUGAAUUAAUAAAAGACACCUGAAGUUCAUCCGAUCAUCGCUUUUAUUAUGAAUAAGUGUGUUUUUCAAGAUGAAGACAUCUUGAGGAUGGAGUAAAGUCAUCGAAAGGAGCGUUUCCUGUGUGUUUUCUUUCCCCCUCCAAACACCACCACCACCACCUGGAGUUGAAAUCCAUCCGAUCAGAGGAGGAGGAGGACAGAGGCUCGGGAAGCAGGCAUGUCGUCGGAAAAACACGGUCUUGAUGACUCUGGCCGUCAGACCAUGCAGCCUCCUCCAUACCUCCCCGGCCCGCAAGAUCCUAACAUGCCCAACAUGCAGCCUGCACCGGGUACCCAACCCAACUACCCUCCUCCGCCUCCUCCUCCAGGUUCAGAUGGAUAUCUCCAAGAAACCCAGUUCCACUGUGGCCCAAUGGGACCCCAAGGGGCCCCGCAGGGCUACACAGUCCAGACCCAGGGACCCGGAGGCACCAUGUCUCACGCCCCUGUAGGAUACCUCCACCCGGGCUACCCACUUCAGCUGCAGCCGUGCACAGCUUAUGUACCCGUCUACCCCAUGGCAUCGGGUCAGCCCUACAUGCCAGCUGGGGGAGGCCACCCAGGGAUCCCGCCAGGCCAGAUUCAUCCCAUGCAAAUGCCACCCAGCAUUACUCUAAUGGACCGUCGACCGCCACACGACUACCUGCCCAUCGCCGUGCUCACCACCGUCUGCUGCUUCUGGCCGACAGGCAUCAUUGCGAUUAUCAAAGCCGUGCAGGUGCGUACGGCAAUAGCCAGAGGGGACAUGGUGACGGCGGAAAUAGCCUCCCGUGAGGCACGCAACUUCUCCUUCAUCAGCCUGGCUGUUGGCAUCGCAUCCAUCGUGUUAUGCACUAUCCUCACUGUGGUAGUCAUCAUCGCCUCGCAGCACCACGACGAUGACUGGGAGCCGUAACUCCACACGGUGUCAGACAGAUGGGAAAUCAUGGCAUAUAUUAGAUAGUUAGCUACUCUCAAUCGUUUUGGAGGAUAUAGGAGCACUGAACACGCACCCAAACUGCUACUGCACUGCUGGCCCCUCUGUGUACAGCUACACACACACAGCUCUGACCUAACCUGCUGCCAUCAAACACACACACACACACACACACACCUACAACCAAAAACCACGAAUCACAGCUGAUGUUCAAACACCAGCUGGUCCAGUAUUGCUGUUACUGGAUAGUGACCUCUUAGUAUUUACUCUCGAGCUGCAAGAAGCUCCUUACAUUAACAAUUCAUUUGACGCUGAUUUAUUCAUACAGAUGAUGGAGUUAGAUGAAAGGAUAGGUCACUGUGUGUUUCAGUUCUACACAUGCCAAUCUACUAAACGGGCCCACACGGUUAUUUUUAGGGUAGUUAAAUGCACAUUUUAGUCUUACAAGUCCAAGUAGACAUGUGUUUUCUUUUACAAAAAAACUAAAUAUGAGUGCAAUGUUGAUUUACAGAGUCGUAUUAUUACUCAACACUUGGACAAGUGCGUGUCAAAACUGAUUUACAGUAUUAGAGAGUGUGAUCAAUGCACGUUUAACACACCAAAUGCACUGACACAGAGUCUAAUGUAACCAAACACAGAGUAUUUAUUUGAGAUUGGUUGUUUGUAUGUAACAUGGACAUUUUAGCAGAUGAGAUGAUACAUAACUUAUGAAUUCUAUGUUUGUUAAUUUAUUUAAAGUCUGUUAUUUAUUAAUUUAUUCAAUAUCUGCCCAUGCAUUGGCUGUGUCUGCUAUAAUUUGCAGUAUGCCACGAGUUGAAUGCAGCUAAUUAACACUUUGAAAUUGGCUUAAAUUUGAUAUCUGAUGAUGAAGAGGAUGAUGAUAUUGCACUUUGUAGUGUUCAGAUGAGAUGACGCAGCUGCUUACAUUUAUAGUUCUUAUAGUGCAUGAUGAAUAUAAAUUUAAGCUGAUCUAGUGUAAAAAAAAAAAAAAAAGCUCGCCUCCCAGCUGGUGAUGGGAGCGUUUCCUAAAAUGUCUGAGAAGUUUGUGGUGCAGUAUUUUUUCAAAAUGUCAAACGAGCUACUGUCACAACAAGAAAAGGAGACAAUUUAGAUGAUAAGUAUUUUGGAUCUUAGGUUCGCAAAUAUUGUUUUCGCAAGUAUUUAAGAAGUGUUUGGCCUUUUCUGUGUGUGGCACAUCUCUUAGCUAUUUAAUCAGACACUGUAUAUGAAACUUUAGUGCAACGUUUAGACUCAUAAGGCAACAUAACCCUGCAUGUCAUCCUCAGUUUCUUUCCAUUUGUCUUAAAUAUUAGAUAUGUGAGCUCCUGUAACACUGUUUCUGCUGUAACACAAUGAGUCAGGGUUCACUCCACAUGGUUUCUGUUAUGUAGCGUAGCUCUGAGCGGCAGGCGUGCUGUUAAGAGCUGUAACAUUACAUUGUGUAACGUUAUGGGAGAGCUGAAAAUGAAUGUUUCCAAUAGGAGAGAGGGAAAAUAUUAAUGCCUAUACUGUAUUGUAGCACUUUCCGCUCUAUGAAAUCUCUCCUCUGGUCCCCCUUUCUCUCUCUUUUUGUCUUUCUCCCGUCCACAUGAGUUAUUGGACCUAUCGAUGUUUCCCUUCUGCUUUCCUCUUUCCUCCGUCAGUCCCUAUAAUUAUGAUAUUUUUAAAAGAAUUAUACAGAGAGAUAUUAAAAUUGUGUUUGUUGACAAUGAACACAUAUAGAGACAGUAUAAAUACAGUUUAUUCUGUACUUUAUAUAUUAUAAUUAUUAUUUAUUGAUUAUCAGUAAUGUAUAAUGUUAAGUACAUUGAACACAGCUGGGCCUGUAUUUAUCAAACUUCGUAUUGAAAAAGUUGAGUGUGAAAAAUAAAACAACUCAUCUUUCUAUAAAACAAACUGAUCACAUGUAUGCACUGGAAUAGCCAAUCAGACACACGGAUUUACCCAAACUACAACAACAAUCCUUUGUCUUUACUCAGUGAUAUGUUUUGUGCCAAAAUCAGCCGAAAGCUCAAAUCAGCUCUAGCAGUGAAAUUAAAUCAGGAGCUGUACGUAACAGGCCAAAACGGUUCUGUGUGCCUCAGAUAACAGAAUUGCAAUUAAUAAUAUUUAGUACAAUCACUCUAAAAUAUGUCUCAGAAGGUGUGAUCACCCCCUUCACCUUUAAUAGAUAGCUUUAAUUGAUAAAGUGAUAGAUUUAGAAAGUUACGAUGAAAAGAUCAAUACCACUUCUUGUUUGUGCACUAAAUGUUCCCCUACAGCUAGAAUACAUUACAUUAGUUAGCUUAGAACAAAGAGUGGGGAACGGCUGGCCUGUUUUAGUACCUCUAAAUUGUUGCUUUUACACUUUGGUUAUGAAAAAAGAGAAUAGUGUGUUAAUUAGCAAGCUUUAAAUGUGUUUGUGGUAGGAUUACAUUUGAACAGAUCCAGGCCAGCUGUUUGCCUCUGUUCCUGAGCUGAGCUGGCUGUAGCUCCAUAUUUAGCGUGCAGAUAUGACAGUGGUGUCAAUCUUCUGAUCUAACUCUCAGCAGAAAAGCAAAAAUAAUCAUACGUCUUUAAAUGUCAAGCCAUUUUUUAAAGUAGAUGAUAGGCUUUUACUCUGAAAAAAACACUGUUCCAUUUUUCACCUUCAGCCGUUUGAUAGAUACAGGUCUUAUAUGAUUGACAGUGAUAUUUCAGUGCUGUUUAGUAUUAUUAUUGUACGGAAGGCUCUGGCAGUGAGUGUGUGUCUACUGAAUAGAGUCACUCCUAGCAUAUCUAGUUUAUACAGAGUUUAUAGGUUGCAUCUCCCUGUGCGCUUUCUGGUAGGUUUUCUGGGAGAUGUCUUUCUUAUUUAAUUUACCUUUUGUUUUUCUUUUUGAGCUUGUAAAUGCGAUGGGUUGCUUGUUCAAAGAGCCAAAAAUUACCUGUGUACAUGUGGUUCUCUUGGGGUUUAUUACUAUAAUUGCGUUCAUGGCUGUGUUGCACAUGCAUUGGUUGUUUUCUGACUUCAGUUGUUUGAGUAAUAAAUAAAAGAAUACUUUUGGGUUGUGAACAA